AUGCCAGAGACUGUAGAACAUCUAUUCUUCUUUUGCACGUGGACAAGCAAGAUAUGGACUCAUCCUCAUAUCAGGGUUCAGAUCUUACCUACUUCAGUGCAACGUUUUGAUGCUUGGGUCGCAGCCAGAGCCACUGAUUCGAAGGAGUCCCAUGAAUUUGAGGUGAUCGCAAAUUUGUUGUGGCAGAUCUGGCGUCAGCGCAACAAUUUCAUCUUCAGAAACCAUAGUCCAGACCCCAUCCAAGCAGUGGAGGAUGCCCUUGCACAGAGCAGGAUAGAUAAGGUUGUCGACCCAACUCCUCACAGCUUUCCAAUCUCGUCCCUCAGCCCCGAUCAGCGAUGGAAACCUCCUGACAAAGGCAGUUUAAAAUGCAAUAUUGAUGGUGCUUUUCAAUCAGAGGGUUUGCAAGGCUCAAUGGCUUGUAUCUGCAGAAAUUACAAAGGAAUUCUCACUGAUGUUUUUACCCAAAGCUUCUCAGCUCAAUCGGCUUUCCAGGCGGAGCUUUAUGCUCGAAAUUCUCGAUUCAACAUCGAUCCAGCAUGA